AUGAAUUCACAGCACCAGUCGCCAUCUGAUACUAAUCAGAUACUGCCUGAAGAUCAUGGGAAAUUUUCAAGAUCUGAGUCGCCAUCAUCAAAAAAGUAUAAGAGAAAUUAUAGAGCAUGUUUGAAUUGCAGGGUUCGAAAAGUUAAAUGUGAUUUAGGCUCAGUCGACAACCCACGGGAUGGAAAAUGUGCAAGAUGCUUAAGGGAACGUAAGGAUUGUGUAUUUGUUGAAUCAAGGAGAGGAGGAGCCACAAAUGUGAUGAAUGGGAGGAAGAGGAGAUCUGAGGGACAUAACGAAUAUCCUACACAAUAUGAACAUUCUAAUGAUGGUCCAUCUAUGCCACGGAGAAGCUUACCUUCUGUUACUAGUAUUCUAAAUGAAGAAAAAAGGGCAGUAUCUUCCGACGAGCAAACACCGAUACACAAUGGGCAACAGAGUAACCAUGGUAGCGGAACCGAGCCAAACAAUCACUUUUCGACUAUGGAAGGUGCAUUAGUAUUCCUUGCUAAAGCAGCCGGCACAAUUGCCAAAGCUGAUGAAAGAGAUAAUAUUGAUGCUCGAGCAAAACAUGAGCAAAUUGAAGCGAGAAUUAGUAAUGACAAUUCCGUGGUGAAUUCUGACAGCAGUUCAAAAAACGUCAAUGAAAAUAACUUUGAAUUAGCUGCACCAAACAAUUCUAGUAAUCAUAGUAUUGAUAGCACUAAAUAUUCAUCACCAAGCAUUACUUCCUAUACCAAACCAUUAGAUAUAGGUAAAACAUUAUCUAUGCCGGCUGAAAGUGGGUAUAUGGUACGCCCCAAAGGAUCUAACAAGCUAGGAAAUAUUGAAUAUAUUGGUGGUCCAAAUGGUAUUUUGACUGAAGAUGAAGCUGAAACGUUGAUCCAUUUGUUUUUCACUACGAUGCAUCCAUAUUUCCCAUACAUACCCAAGUUUUUACAUUCUCCUACUACGUUAUCAGGAUACCCUAUUUUGCUUUGUGCAAUUUUGACAAUAGCAUCUCGUCAUUAUACUUUGGACACUCAUCCGAAUACUAGUGGUGUUGCUCGAAAUAUUGAAGUACAUGAUAGAUUAUGGUUAUAUGUACAAAGAUUAAUUUCACAGACUGUUUGGGCGGAGGCAAGUACAAGAUCUAUUGGAACAGUCUUUGCAUUUUUAUUAUUCACUGAAUGGAACCCAAGAGCUAUUCAUUGGAGGUGGUCCGAUUAUGCCAAUAAAGCAGAAGAUAUUAAUGAAAAUAGUUCAAGUGCUUCUAAUGAAUUUGGAACUAGUCUCUCAUCCACUCAAGAUGAGCCUAACCUUGCUGGGUUAGGUGCAAUGAGGAGAAGUUAUAGAAUGGCGUGGAUGUUGAUUGGGUCGGCGGUUAGACUAGCACAGGAUAUGGGAUUCAUGGAAAUAAGCACAAGGACGUUCCUAGCAACACACAUAGCUGAGAUUAAUAGUGUUAUGAAUAUAAGUAGACGAUCUAUGUUAGGUCACUCCUUAUCAGAAAUUGAUAUUGAUGAUGAUGAGAUCACUGAAGAGCAGGAACAGGAUGAAGAAGAAAAUGAAUAUAAAUUUUUACAUAUGAAUGAAGAGGAACUACAAAAAAUUAUCAAAGAAAAUGUUUUAAAAUUCACUUUAAAUCAAAGAGCUAAAAUUGAAUUAUUGCAGAUUAUGUCAUUGGGUCAUGAAUCGCUUUACGGGCAUAAGGCACAACUAGGAAGUCUAACUCAAAGGCAGAAUUUGUCAAUCCUUAGCAUUAUAAGUCCAUUAUUGAACAAUUGGUCUAAGAAAUAUAAGCAUUUAUUAGUUCAAUCGAACCAAAAAAUACUUAAUAACAUGUCUAAUUUGCAACAGCACCUUACUAAUCCAGAAUCAAAGGUUGCGAAAGAAUUGGCUGAUGUUAUCGAUAAGGAAUCCUUCAUAUUUGAGUUUCAUUAUGCAAAAUUAUACAUAUUUUCUUUGGCCCUAAGCCCAUCGCCAAAGAAUAUGUAUGAUUCCGAUAAGAAAAACAAGCGCAAAUCAGGUAAAGUCAACUUAAAAUUAGACGAAAUUUCGAGAUCGGCUAAAUACAUUGAACAAGCAUUCAAUUCAGCCAAUGAAAUGUUAUCAGUCGCCCACAGAAUCCACAAAUUAAAGAUGUUAAGGUUCAUGCCAGUCAGAUGGGUUACAAGGAUUGUCCGUGCGGUUGCAUUUAUAGUCAAAUGUUAUCUUACUAUUACUGCUCAUAAAAAGACCGCAGAUAGUGAUGCAAACAUAAGUUCCUUCAAUGAUUUUGAUUCUACUAUAUUAUCAUUAUCGUUAAUUUCUAUUGAAGAAAUUACUGAAAGUAUUCAACGUGCGGCAAUUACCUUAAGAGAUUGUUCACCAGACGAAUUGCAUCUAUGUACAAGAUAUUCCAAUGUGUUGAUGUAUCUAUGCUCAGAGAUGAAAGUUAAAUCGAAGGGUAGUAAUGAUAACGAUGAAGAUAUUCAUUCUAAACUUAAAAGGCAGAAGGUUCCAAAAGGUUCUCAUGGUGAAGAAAAUGAUGCGACUAACGGGGUUUCAAAUCACCCUUUGAAUGCAAAUGAUGAAAAUUAUGGAAAUAUACAAAAUGAACCCCUUCCAUAUUAUGAUAACUCCGUAUACUUCAAUAAACCAACUAGAAAACUGGAUGAAUCACAAAGUGCAAAUUUGACACCAAACGAAGAUAACAAUACCCCAUUACAAGGAUUGAUGGGAGAUAGUGAAGUUAUGGAUUGGUUCAUAAAUAACAAAAAUGUGGGGUUGGAUUUUGUUGGCCCUUGGACUGAAAUGAUUGAACAACAGUUGAAUUCAAAUGAACAGUUUAAUUUUGGUGAUACCAUCUAA